GAAUGUUUCCCCAGUGCUUUGCCGCGCGUUGCAAUUCGCGUUUUCUUUCUUUAGAUCGUUUGCGCCCUCCACGAACACGUCCGAGACAGGAGAUUCGAGAUGAGUCACUUACAUAUGAGGGAAAUAAGGUAUCGCCACCGAAAGUCAAUCGAGAUCCCCGCCCGAGAAAAUCAACCUUAAGUUGAUGUAUAAAGGGGGAAGGGUUUACUUUCGAUAUCAUCAACAUAUCCUCACGCCCAAACACAGCCCAUUGACACAACAUGCCCAACUUCCCCGAGAUCGAAAAAACACUAGCCUCCGUAGAGGCUAGCCCUCGAGUUAUCCAAGUACUCCGCGAUUUACACACGAAGGCCCUCUCUGAAGUGCCGUUUGUCAGUACAGCUGGGUCGACGGCAGACGCUCUUGAGAAGUUCGUGGCUCUUGAUCCCGACAAGUGCGCGUUGGUGUAUCUCCUCCUUCGAUCCACCGCGGCGCGAUUCAUCGUUGAGGCGGGGACGUCAUUUGGUCUUAGUACCAUAUACCUCUCCUUAGCUGUAGGACAGAACGGUGGCGGCAAAGUCAUCGCGACGGAGAAUGAGCCUACCAAAGCAUUGAAGGCCCGCGAGAACUGGCGAGCUGCCGGGAACGAUAUCGAGAAAUGGAUUGAACUAAGAGAGGGAGACUUGCGAGAGACGCUUAAGAAGGAUCUACCCGAUCAGGUCGACUUCCUGUUGCUUGAUAUCUGGACGCCUCUGGCUCUCCCAACAUUGAAGCUUGUCCAUCCACGCCUAAAGAUCGGUGGAUUAGUGGUUGUCGAUAAUACCAUAGAAGCGGCAUCAGGAUAUGCAGAUCUCAUGUCCUAUUUUGAAGAUCCCGCCAACGGAUUCAAGGCGACAACCGCUCCUUAUUCAGGAGGCCUUUUUAUCGCUGUGCACCUUGGAAGAGGGGUUGCAUGAGAGCUCAAUCACAUAUGCCAUAGUUUCAAGAAUCG